AUGGUGGACAAUCAAAAUUUAAAUUUAUCUGACAUCGAACACCUUAUUUUUAAUCUGUUAUUAAACAGUCGGGACAGUUUCGAUUAUCCUCAGUUACAACGGGAUGCUGUGGAUAGUAUUUCCGCUAACUUAACCGAUGCAAUUUACGAUAGUUUAAAGCAAAAAUCUGUUGGUAGCACCUCAAAGCGGACGAACCUCUUGAAAUUUGUUAAUAUUGUUUGCGAAACGAGGGAGGUUCAUUUUGGCCAAAAGGACUAUAAACUAUUUUUGGAAGUCUUUAGAGAAAAGCAAAGUUACCAUGAAAAUGUGGAUUUAGAGGAAUUUGCGAGGGAAGCCGCAGAUGAAUUUAACACACUGAUUCCUUCGAGUUUUUCGGCCAGAUUAUGCGAAUUUUAUCAAAGGAAAAAUGAAAAACAGCGAAACAAAGUUAGAUCACUGGAAUUUAUUAAGGGGAAAGAUCAGUGCAGGUUAGAUUCUUUAAACCUUGGGAUGCAGGUGUUCAAGAACUUUUUGCCCUAUGAAACAAAACGUGAUUUAAUAAAUGAAUUGCUAAGAACAAAAGAAGGUGAGCCUGUACAAAACUCAGUAAAUGAAGAGAAAGGGGACCUGGAGGAUUUGGAAUCGCUGGGGAUUAUUUUGCCAAAACUGUCCAGAUAUGAAACUCUUGAACCUUUUGAAAUCAAUUUUUUAACUUUUCUGUUUAUACAGGAAGGUUAUUUGGCAAAAUACUCAGACUAUGUAAUCGAAAACUUCCCUUUUCUAACUGAAAAAAUAUUAAUUCGCUCCUGCAAGGAAAUAAUAAAGUUAAAGGAGGACAGGGAGGUUGUUAACUAUUUUGAAAAUUUAGAAUUUGACCCCCGGGUGAAAAGAAUUCGUUCCAUCUGCAGUAAGGAUAGGAUAUUUUAUUGCAGCUGUAAAAGUUUGAUUUACCAAUUGUAUUGCUAUAGUUAUUGUAAUAAAAACAUAUUAAAACUUCAUGAUAAGACCGAGUUGUUAGUGGUCUGUAGUCUGUGGUUUUCCAGUUUAAUUAAAAUGGCGGACUCUAUGCCGAAGGCCGAUAUUACCAAAGUUAGUGCCGCUGAAAGGGAAUAUAUACGCCGGGCACAAGAAGACAACCUUAAACGUGUCGAAAGACUCAAACGCGUCAAGCGCAAUAACUGGAUAACACUAGGGGUACUAGGAGCGACCGUUCUGGGCAUUUACAGUUACACCAUACUCUCCAUCAAACAGGAGACUUUCCUGGACGAUUUCGAGGAACCCGCCAAAAUAAUCGAAAAAUAG